UAGAUGUAGUUAAUGCGCCAUCGCCAUUUUAAUUCCGUAUUUUUCGUUUACUCGUUGUGUAAUCCCUCUUGCAAUCGGGCGUGUCGACCGUAGGCCGGCCGUGUCCCAGUGUUCAGUUGUUCCAGUACUGGUGGUGUCCCGAGCCCGGGCCCUGACUGCGCGAUGUCGCGACGCACGGCGCUGAGCUCUCCCAUGGCUCUCCUGCUCCUAUUUUUAGCAGCCGUUGUUUCCACCCGGGCACAAACGGAGGCGGCGGCGGAGGGCGCGGCGGCGGCGGCGGCGGGGGGCGCGGGGGGCGAGGCCGAGCUGGUGCUGUACAACGUGGGCUACGGCAUCGAGCUCACCUGCGACCUGCCCAACCCCACCAAGCUCGACGUCGUGUGGAAGAAGAAUGACACGGCGGUGGAGGCGUGGUGGGACGUGCGCGGGCGCUACCGGCUCGAGGACGGCGGCGCGCGGCUCGUGCUGCCCCCCAAGACGCACGAGGACGACUUCGGCAACUACACGUGCUCCGUGGGCGGCGCGUCGCGGGCCUGGCGCGUGCAGGGCAACCCGCACUCCAAGCUGCCCGCCAACACCAACGUGGUGGAGGGGCAGAAGCUGAAGCUGCAGUGCCGCGUGGUGGGCAAGCCCUACCCCGCCGUCACCUGGCUCUACGAGAACAGCACCGGCGGCAACCUCACCGACGCGCUGGCGGCCUUCGCGCCGCGCGCAGAGCUCGCCACCAGCGACCAGGGCGUGGAGGGCGGCGCGCUGCUGGUGGCGGCGGCGGAGCGCACGGACGCGGGCCGGCUCGUGUGCCGCGUGAACCACAACGCCACGUUCAACGGCGCCACGGUGCUGCGCGUGAAGGACAUGUACGCGGCGCUGUGGCCCUUCCUCGGCAUCUGCGCGGAGGUGCUGGUUCUGUGCGCCGUCAUCCUCAUCUACGAGCGGCGCCGCGCCAAGCCCGAGCUCGACGACUCCGACACCGACCACCACGACGCGAAGAAGUCGUAAGCGGUGAGCGGAGAGCGGGGCGGCCGUCGACGGAACUUUACUGUUUCGUUUUCUAAUUUGAUAAAUUGUGAUUAUUAUUUUUAAAACCUGUUCAUAUUUUUAACAAAUUUAAUCUUUAUUGAGUUUUAGCGAAUUUAUUUAAUAGAAGAAUCAUGCGAGUGAGUGACGCAAGAUCGGCGGAGAUUACAAACUGAGAUAUGAACAUCUCGAGGUCGCCAUUUUAAGUUCGAAUUGAUUAUUUUUAUACAUUUUUUUUACAGAAUUAAUCCUCCUGUUCAGUAAUGUAAGCUUAAUCAAGUUGUCAUGUUAGAGUAGGUACUUAACUAUUAGUAACAUAGCUUCCCGCACCGGAGUGCUCACACUCAACUAGCAUAUUCAUUAAUAAUUACUUAUAAUACGUUAAUUAUGAUAGUCAUCUAUGAAAGUUGUUAAUGCGUGACCUUUUACCAAACUUUGCUUAUAAGAAUGGUUAUGUAAAUUGUAAAUUAAUAUUAAUGAAUUAUUAGUACCAAAUAAAUUUUGUUCCAAAA